GUCUAUAAUUAUCACUGUCAUUGCGUAUGCAUGGAUGAAAGAUUAUCUGUUGACAAAUAAAGUUUUAAUAAAUGACUGCUUAAAUAAACGAAUAGUAAUAUUAAAGCUAUAAGUUUAAUUCAGUGAUUUACAUAGAUAAUACACUUAAUAUUUGAGAGUGAUUUGGAUUGUGUGUGUGACCUUUCGAAUUUUCAGGAUUACCUACUAUUCCUAUUUAAUUCAAUAUGUUUAACUGCUGUUGAAAUAAUUCAUCAAUACCUAUCUACCUAUCCUGACACUCAUUUAAAAUAAAUUUGUGAAAUAAAUAGUAUUGAUUAUUAAUGAACCAUCCAGCUAUGAAUUCGGCAACGCCAGCUGUGCCACAGGUCCCGCUGCUUGAUGAUGACACCAUCGCAUUUGGUGAAGAGGAUAAUGCUAAUAAACAGUUUGUCCAUCCCUACAUAGUGUUCUUCCACCUGGUGUUCCGAUGCUCUGCGAUAAUUGUGUACAUCCUGUGUGGGUGGUUCUCCGACUCAUUCAUUGCAAGCUUCGUAUUAGUCAUUCUACUGCUGUCUGCAGACUUCUGGACUGUCAAGAAUAUUAGUGGUCGGUUACUAGUUGGACUGAGGUGGUGGAACUAUGUGGACGACAACGGCAAGUCGCACUGGGUGUUCGAGGCCCGUCAGAGCCGGGUCAACAGGAACGAGAGCCGCCUGUUCUGGAUGGGCCUGACGCUGUGCCCCUUGGUCUGGUCCACUUUCUUUAUAUUCUGCCUUUUCGGACUCAAGUUCAAGUGGAUGGUAAGUUGUGCCCCCACCGUCCGUGACGGGCACAGUUCUCACAGACAGAACAGAAAUAGAAUAAUGGGCGCUUGUCAUUUAAUAAUAAAAAUUUGCUACCCUCGUUGGAGUCACGUGGCCAUUAGGGACGCCAUGGACAACAGACUCACGAAAUCAUCCAAUAUUGGUCAGUCGUUACAAAACGAAUGUUGUUUUCUUGAAAUCGUGAGCUUAGAGUAUAAGAUACCUCAAAUUGACUCUGGCACGGUUAGCGACCGUGAAAGGGUGGAGGAUUAGGGGUUUGAUUCUCGCGUCCGGUAAUCAUUAUUUUGAAGACCAGGUUUGUUUUGCUCGUUGUCUAGGUGUCUUUUAUCAUAUGUGUACAUUUAAACGUAGAUAAGUUUGUCAGUCUCUGGUACCCAUAACAAUACCCGAUCCCCUAACGGUGCCUUUAGAUACCUCAAGCACUGGUCAUCGUUCCCGUCGAACCCGUCGCUUGCGACGAAGGGCUCGGCGAGUAAAUUAACCCACAUACACAGCCCAUUGAGUUUCUCACCGGAACUCCUCAGUGGGUUGCAUUUCCGAUCCGGUGGUAGAUUUUGCUCUUACUAGGGCCAGUGUUAGCAAUACCUCCGGUUUGAGCCCCGAGAGCUCACCUACAUGUUAGGGUUACGUUGGCAUAGCCUCUCAAGGCUAUCAGCUUAAGUAUAAAAAAUAAAAACCCAUAACACAUAAAACAACUCUAAAUUGGGAAUGAAUAUUCUUGCACGCCAAGUAAAUCAUAAAUUCCGACCAAAGUUACACCACAAACAUACAAAGGUGUUAUCAUCAAAAACGAUCUCCUCCAGACAAUAAGUGAGACCAGUUAAGCGAGAAAGAAGUACAUAUAUUGAUAUGCUGGAACUACCAUUACGACAUAUUAAAUUUUUGUUGUGGACUACGGGUUUUGUAUCUAAGGCUAGCUUCACGAGUCACAUUUGGAUCUAGCGAAUACAGACCCGUGUUAAAUGAAGUACACGGCACAGAGGAAAUGAAAUACAUAAAGUCGUUGUAAUGCUAUAGUUAUUGAUUUUGUCGAUAAAUGUAAUGUAAUCUUAACUUACAAAUGGUCUACAAACUUAAAUAAUACACGUAAUUAUCUGUGUGAAAAAUCAAUAAAACAGAUUAAUCUGAUUAGAUAAGAUAAGAUUGAUUUUUAGAUGAUAACGUAGUUUAAUUGCAAGUUUUUAUGUCACGAUAUAAAAGCUUUAUUAUAAUACAUUAGAAUUCCAUGUAUAGGUCUAAUAUUGCUUUAAUGGGAAUAAAGAACGCACCUCAAUAGACAGAGCAGCAUAAAGAAGGUAGCCACGUGGGCGAUGGGAAGUGGUCACAACCGUUUAUGUCACCAAGCAGGUAGUAGCAACAUUGCCCACCGGCUGCCAAUGAAACAUAAUUCAUAUCAGAAUCCCACAUAGCACAAAAGCUACUCCACCAGUUAUAGAAGUUAAUAUCUCAUACAUUAUUUCCAGCUCCUAGUAUUGAUCGCCUUGACUCUAACAGGCGCUAAUCUCUACGGUUACAUAAAGUGUAAGUUCGGAGCCAAAGAGAGCCUCAAGUCAGCGACCACAGAGUUCAUGAAGCAGCAGAUAUUCCAAAACGCACCUGCCUUUAUGUUCUCGCAACCCACGCCGCCCAACGCUGGCAACACUGGUGUCGUUUGAACAAGAUUAACGAGGAUGCAUAUUUAGGAAUGAUAUUUAAAUAAUAAAAAUUGUAUUGUUUUCUCAAUUUUCACA